AUGAAAAGAGAAAAGGAAGAAGCAGAAGACGAAGACGAAGACGAAGAAAGAGAGGGAGGCAAAGUUGCGACCAGGGUGCCAGGGGGUCUGGCCCAAGCCUGUUUGUCGGUCCCGUUGCCUUAUAAUCGUGGUAUACAGAUAAUGGUUUGGGUUAAGGGGCGCCCAAGGAUGGUCCAUGCGGGAGGGGGACACGAGGAAGGAGAUCAGAGGGAAGGACACGUAUAGAGGAGCCUGCACCAAGGCACCAGAGUCGAAGAACGAGUCCCGGCGUGCUACGAGCAAUCGAGCGAAACUUUCGCUGGCUCUGCUUGCUCGUCGUUUGGCAAGGCUUUUCUUUCGAUCUUUCUCUCUGCCCCCGAUGGAACGAUGAUUUCUGACCCUACGGCACGAGCCUCGGGAAUGUAAUUACCGAGAAAGCCCCGCUGGAGAACUGUUUCGCUGACGGUGGACGCGCGGGCCACACGGGCUUGAGGAAUGGUCGUUGAAAAAUGUAGUAUUAUGCUGGCUGCACUUUUGAAAAUUAAUUGACCGAACUAAUUGAUUAAACCGUGUUAUAAAUAACGCGGCCUUUCUGGCAACUGAAUUUAAGACGAUUUCCAAGUCGCUGGAGUUUUGUAAAAGAUAUUUUUACACUUUCCAGAAGGUAUUUUCGUUUGAAGUUUGCUCGGAGUUUAGCAUGUUUAGCGGAUAG